GGCUCAAGGCCUGCGCUCCCUUUCUUCUCCCCUCCUCGGGGUUUUGCGCUUGGGAAGGGAAAGAACAGCUCGCAAUCGCGAGCAGAAAUUGAGGAACCAUGAUGUUUGAUGAUGACGAUGAUGGUGUGGAGCCACAGUUCGAUGCUGUGGACGAAUAUUAUUUUGAGGUUACCAAGGAAGAGCUUGUUUGUUUUAGUAUUUUGCCUUUUCAGUUUGAUGAGAAUGAUAAAGUGGGAGAUUGUGAUUCUGAGAAGAAAGUAUACUUGCGUGGAGUCAUGGAUAAAAGCCCCUGUCUAGUGCACAAGCAAGUGGUAGCUUGGAGGGUAGGACUUGACUGUGAGCAGCCAAACAUCUCAGUUCUUUCGACUGAGGGAAAGUGGAUAAAACUGUUGAAUCCAUGGAAAUGCUACAAACAUGAGCUUGCUCGGUCAAUAUUGAUCACAGUUCAAAUGCUCCACUUUGUCAGGAGGCAGCAUAGAUAUAAGAGAAACCUUUGGGAUCGCCUUUGGGAUCACCUCAAUGCAGUUUUCAUUAAACUUGGUAUUAAACCUGCCAUAGAUGACUUGAGGAAGCACUAUCCCCUUAUAAAGCUAUUCCUAGAGAGAGAUAAAGCUUUUAUGAAGUUAAAGAUCCUGGACAGGUUUAUUGGGGAUAUCACCAAGACUAUGGAAGAGGUAUGCUAAUAGAUAUGCUAAUCUGUUGUGGUCUAUAAUCUCUUUUUUUCUCAGAUGUGUUGGAGAGCUGCAUUUCAUUUCAUUAAUGAAGAGAAAAGAAACCCAUACUACAAUGCCCGUGUGUGUGCACACAAGCUCCCUCCCUCCGUCCCUCUCUCUCUGUCUCUCUCUCUCUCGCACACACACACACAUACACACACAAUGUGUUGUAUGCAGCUCUUCUGUGAUUUUCGAAAAAAAUAUUUCAUUGUUGGUUUCUUUUACUUUUCUUUUGAUUAGCCAAGGGCAUCGGGCACCAAAUUGCAAUUCACUAGUAGUGAUGAGCCACGUGAAAGAAACAAUGGCACUAAUUCUGAGUACGACGAUGAUGAUGUCAACGAUGAUUCUGAUUACAAUGAACAUAGUAACAGUGAUGAUGAUACUAAUAAUGAUGAUGGUGCUGAUGCGUUAUGUGCUUUAUGUGAUGAUGGAGGAAAUUUGCUCAGGUACGCGAGCUUCCCUACUUUAUUAAGUCUAUCAGUGGCUAGUUUUUAUGCAUUUUAAUCCAUUGUGGGAUGUCAUGUGCUUGGUCUCUUUUCCCUACAUCAUGGCGCUAGUUUUUUUUUUUUUGGGGGGGGGGGGGGGUGGUGGUGGUGGUGGGGGUGUAUGAAGACGACCCCUGCACAUAUGAUUCCAUCUACACUGAAUUUCCUGCCACGUCUAUUUAAAGGCAAAUAUAUAUUGCAUGUUGAAGCUUAUCCUUUUUAUGUAAAUUAUGUUAUGACCUUUCUUGAAAAACUAUUUUUGAGCAGUACUGUUUGUGUUUUGUGCGUUCAUGUCUAUAACAGUGCGGCUAUCUACCUUAAAUAGUCCUUCUUUCUUUGCAUCACUUAACUAAUGAUUGUUUUGAUUAGCAGGAAUUGUGCCAUCUUAUUUUCUGGACCAUCUAUGUUAAUACCUAAUAAUGAUAGGGAUGAAAGCAUAUACUUUACGGACACGUAUCUUCCGUAUAUUUGAUGUUAUUAAUUUGAUGCUUUAGAUGUAGCAAUUCAGAUCGGUCCCAUUAUUUCCAUGGAGAAACCAUUUUUGUUUCAGCAGCUUAUAAAACCUCCUAAGUAUAAUAUUUGUUGAUUAGCUGAAUCAAUUUUGUUAUAUCUUUUUUCUUUGGCAAUUUUCUUAUCUAGCUGUAUAGGCCAGUGCAAGAGGUCAUUCCAUCCCAGAAAGGAAGAUGGCAAAGAAUCUAAAUGUAAAACUCUUGGUUACACUUCUGCACAGUUGAAGGAAAUGGAUUCUUAUCUAUGCAAGAACUGCGAAUAUAAGCAACACCAAUGUUUCAAAUGCGGAGAACUUGAGCCAUCAGCAGAGCCAAAUGCUAAGGUGUUCAAGUGUAAUAAUCCAACUUGUGGACACUUCUACCACCCCGAAUGUGUUGCAAAAUUACUGGAGCCUGAUGACUCUGAUGGAUCUUGUGAAUUGGCGAAAAGGAUUAUGGCUGGGAUGCCAUUUCCAUGCCCUGUGCAUUGGUGCUUUGAAUGCGGAAGAAUGGAGGAUAGAACCCAAAGAGCAAUGCAGUUUGCUGUGUGUAGACGCUGUCCAAAAUCAUAUCACAGAGAAUGUUUGCCAAGGGAGAUAUCAUUUGAAACAAAUGGCAAGGAUAUCCAACAACGUGCUUGGAAGCUUUCUGGAAUUGUUAUGAUUUACUGUCUAGACCAUAAAAUAUGCAAGGCUACUGGAAAUGCUGAAAGGGGACAUGUAAAGUUCCCGCACACUCCAAAAAUUACAGAAGUCGGAGAUCUUUCUAAAGAGGAAGGUAAAAUGGUUGGCAAAUGGAAAAGGAGCAUUGAUCAUUGUUCAAAGAAAUCCACAAUGGUGUUAAACAGGUUACCGAGAUAAAAAAUUGAGCACACCCAAAACUCAUUGGAGCAUAUGGUUCUUGAACCUGAAUGUUCCCCAAUGAACUUGAAAGAGGACCUGCGUAUUGAUCCAUCAUCUGCUAUGGGUCGCAAAAUAAAAAGCAGGAAAACAAGUGGACGAAAGAGGGAAAGAUCCUCAAGGACAUUGUGCAAUAUUGCUAAGAAGUGUGCUGAUGAUUUUGUUCAGAUUGCUGACAAGCUUCAUUCGCAAACGCAACCCGGAGAUAUGGACAACUUGAUUGAUGAUUCCCAUGUGGACAAGGAUGCUGAUUCCCAUGUGGACAAGGAUGCUGAAUUGGACAAUGAGAUCUGCCGAUCUCCAGAGGAUAAAGAUGGCAAUGGGAAAGAAAAAUCAUCAGAGCAUUCAGUAGAAGCAGAAGAAGAUGCUACCAACAAAGACACUUCCCAUCAAAAUAAUGAGCGAAAUGAUGUGCUAGGCCAGAUCUAUGCAGAUAUACACACUGAAGUAGAUCGAAGUAAAUUUGAAUCAAGUGCAGGGAGAAGCAUGGAGUUGGGAGAAAAUGCAGAUGGACAUGACUCAAUAUGGCAAGAGAUCUCAAUUGGAGAAAAUCAAAUGUAUCGAGGGAUGUGUGAACAAGAAUCAAGAUCAAGUAAAGGGAAGAUUGCCAGGAAUGAAAGUGCUAAAUCUGGUUCGGGCAACGUUGCAGUGACACCAAAUCAUGUUGAUGACAAUCCUCAUGAAAAGCUGCUGCAUGUUCCACAUGUGAAUAAGAUGACUAAUAUAAAUGGACUACAUCCUCAGCCAGAAUAUGGUUGUGACAAAGACCGAGAAGUUAAUGGGGGCCAUGCUUUUCAGGAGGAGCCAAAUAGUUCUCGGUGCAAUGUUAAUCCAGAAGAUAUGGGCAUACAUACUUUAGGUGACAAGUCAAGAAAGAGAAGGGAGCUAGAGAAAAAGUCAGCUGAUGAUAACAGCACAGACUUGGAUAAGAAUAAAAGAUGCAAUCACAUUCAAGAUGGAAAAGAAGCACAUUGUGAUGAUAUUAGUCAUCAAUGUCAUUCACUUAACAAAGUACUGGAUUAUGAGGGUCGCAAGUUUGGAAAUAGUGGGCCUAGUUCUCGGUGCUAUGAUGAGAAUGGUGCAGCUGAGAUUUCUGAAUACAAAUCGAGACAGAGUACAGGACCAAGUAGUUCUCAGUGCAAUGUUGAUCCUGAAACUAUGGGCAUUGAUACUUCAGGUGACAAGUCAAGAAAGGGAAGGAACCUCAAGAACAAGGCAGCUGAUGGUAACAAUACAGAUUUGGAUAAGAAGAGAAGAUGCUAUCACAUUGAAGAUCGAAAAGAAGCACAUGGUGCAGCUGAGGUUUCUGAAUACAAAUCCAGGCAGUGUACAGGACCAACUAGAAGAGAAAACACAGCUCAUAGUAGAAGAGAAAAUUCAUCUAACUCACCCAUGGGUAGAAAUUCUCAGGAGAAACCAAGGAACCAUUUACCAAACAGGCAGAGGAGCUACCGUGAUAGGUAUGCAAACCAACACAUGUAUGAACAAUAUGACGAUGUUAACUAUCUCAGCAGUGGUGAUUAUGGCCCGAGGAGUCAUGUUCCCUUGUGCCUUGUAUCUGCUCCUACUGAUUUUGAUGCUAGGUAUGAUCCCCGUUCAUACCCAAAAGGACCAGAACAUGAUAUUACUGGAUGGGACUGGCCCCAUUUAUACCCAGGAAGAGCUCGAUAUUUCACUGGUGAAUGGCAGAGUCGUCCUUAUUGUCCAGCAAGACCAGAGAGAGCAUAUUAUUCAAGGAAUGCGAACAGCUUGCCCAUUGAUGGAUAUGAUGAACACGGUAAUUUCAUGCAUGGUGCAUACCGUGCAAUGGGAUUUGCUCCUGCUGCUAUGUAUCCCCCCUUUCAGGUGACCAACAAUGGCACAUAUCUACCUCGCACAGAUGUUGACAUGGAAGGAUUUAGAGCAGCAUAUUGUGGCCAUAAUAGAGAGUAUGGAGCUAGAUCAACUUAUACAUUUGGCUCAGGACCUCUGCAUCCAGCUGCAGGGUCGGUUAUGGACAGGUAUGCUCCUAACCUUGAGCAAACAAACAAUCGAGCAAGAGGCUGACUACAUCAUGACCUGCCUCAUAUUCAGUGGUGGGACUUAACAGGUAACUUUAUGCCCUCCUAAUUACCUGCCCUAUUCAGACAAUGAAAAGUCUGCAGGAACCUAGUCUGAGUAGAUAGAGGGUGUAUUCUGACAUAUUUAAAGGUUGAAGGGGUAGGGUGAUAACUUAAGUAACUGUCAUUAGCCUCUGCUGUGAGGUGUAUGAUGUGAUCUAAGUUUGAAGUUCUGUAUGCGUUAGAUCCAAAAAAAGUAAAAAAAAUAGUGUCGAUGUUUUCAACAGGUAUCCUUUGGAAAUGGGGUAGUUGAGGAGAGUCUUUGCUUGUUGCGGCAUGUAUGGAGAGGCUUGAUACUUUAAAUAAUUGUCGUAAGCCUCUGCUGUGAGGUGUAUGAUGUAAGUUUGGAGCUCUGUAUGCACCAGAUCCAAAAAAAAAACAUUUUGUGGAUGUUUUCAACAAGUGUCCCCCGGAAACGGGGUACUUGAGGAGACGUGGCAUGUAUGGAGAGACUUUACAAGCUUAUUACCUGCCUGUACCACUGGGCAUUCUUUGCUUCUGUCAUGUUGGUAGGCUCA